AUGAACAGCGUGGAUACUACCAAGCUCUAUACACAGUGUUUCCAGGCCGGGCUUCUCCUUCACAAGAACAAGAAGGGUGCAGAGCUUUCUAAAUAUAUUAGAAACAUAAUAAGUAAAUUAAGUACUAAAUCAAAGAACAAUCUCAAUAACAAUAUUCUCAGCCCUGGCCAACCAGCUUCAGCAGAAGAGCAGCCAGAUAACAAGAACGAGGACCCUACAAAUAACGGGGCCAAGGACCCAAAAGGUGACAAGGACGAGAAGGCCACAGAUAAAGAAGACAAGCAGCCAGCAGGUGGUAAGGACGAGGCGGUAGGUGACGGGGACAAGGAACUGGUAAGUGGUGAGAAGAAGGACUCAGCAAGUGAAGAGGACGAGAACGCAACCGGAGCUAGCGUGGUAAAUGAUGUCAAUAGAUCGGCAAAGGAGAUCUGGAAGGAGCACGGCUUAAAAUAUAUGACUGUUAUUAUCAAAGAGACUGAGACCACCAUCCUAUAUGAGGAGUAG